UGUUCUUCGUACAUUUUCAGUAAUUCGUACAGCGAUUCCAUGAUCAUUUAUCAUGACGUCAUGUGUAAUGGAAUGAUUACUCCAGAUAAGAACUGAUAAUCGUAGUAUCUUUCCCUUUGUCACGCAGUUUUGGUAAUUCCACCCUUAUUCCUCAGCGUACCACAGGGAGAAAUUCUCGUGCUGUACUUGCGCCCCAUGUGAUCUCUAAAUCUCCAAUAAUGUCAGAACAGGGAAACCCUGGGUUUCAUCCUCUUAGCAUAACAAUUGAAUGUGCACAUUUGAAGAGCCCGUCUAGUUUCUUGAAACCAAAUCCCUAUGUGGAAUUGGUUAUUGAUGACAAAGCACCUAGAAAGACUGAGGUAGUUAAGUGUACUAUUCAACCCAAAUGGAACGAAGAAUUUACUGUGUUGGUUACACCUCAUUCUUUACUGCAUUACCGGGUGUUGGACCAUUGCUCGUUCCGGAAAGAUUCUGUUUUGGGUGAAAAGCGAUUGUGUUUGUAUGACAUAUUGCAUAUGUGCAAUGGAAGAUGUGAAUAUUUAGAGAUCACAUUAGACCUCUAUCGCGGCAGCCCAGCAGAUAGUCAAAAUGUUGCUGCUGUUAAAGUUGGCGAGCUAAUAACACUCAUGCAUGGUCUUAGAAUUGACAUGAGCUUUGCAAAUGCUCCAUCAACAAUACCCUCUUCAAUACCAUCAUCCAGUAGGCUACCUGAUCCCAGAAGUUCUGGCACUGUAGGAUCUACAAAUGGAGAGGCAGGAGGUAUCAGAGGUGGCUUGAAUGGUGUGAGAUUUCGAGUGAGGCCUCAUGGAAAUGGAAACAAUGUACCUAAUGGCACUGUCCAGCCUCAAAUUCGACAAGCUGCUGGUUCUUCAGGCCAUUCCCAUCAAAUGUUGCAUGCAGAUCUCUCAACAUUAGCAGCUCGAGCUGCUGCUGCUGUCGCUGCGGCUUCUCAGAUGUCACAAGAUCAAGCACAGGCACUCCCUCCCAGUCAUCACCACACCAAUGGAGUUCAGCCAGCCUCUGAGCCACCUGCGGAAGGGGAAUCUAGUGCUAGUCCAAGCACCAGUGCUGCUGCAAUUACCAAUGGCGUUGUCAGUACUGGAGCAGCUCCACCCAGUGUUGAAAUGGAACCACGAGUAGCAGCUUCCAAUGCCACUGUUGUUGAAGAACCACUUCCAGCGGGUUGGGAAAUGCGUUAUGACGUCUAUGGACGGAGAUACUAUGUGGACCACAACACUCGAAGUACUUCAUGGGAGAGACCCCAACCACUUCCUGCUGGCUGGGAAAUACGACGUGACCAGAGAGGUCGUAUCUAUUAUGUGGAUCACAAUACAAGGACAACUACCUGGCAAAGGCCUUCGACUGAACGUUUGCAACAUUAUCAACACUGGCAGGGUGAAAGAGCUCAUGUAAUGACUCAAGGAAAUCAACGCUUCCUUUACCCUCAACACCCAACUACUCCACAUCCGGACCUCUCUUCUAUUGCUGAGGAAGAAGAUGCCUUGGGACCACUGCCUGAGGGCUGGGAAAAAAGACUUGGUCCUGAAGGAAGACCAUAUUUCUGUAAUCAUAAGAACAGAGUUACUCAGUGGGAAGAUCCACGCACUCAAGGAGAGGAACUUGGAGCUGAUGAACUACCCCUUCCUCCUGGAUGGGAAAUCAGACUUACUGAAGAUCAUGUACGAUAUUUUGUGGACCACAACAAAAAGACUACAACAUUCCAAGACCCUAGACCAGGUGCACCAAAGGGGAUGCCGGUUGGGGCAUAUGGAGUUCCUAGGGCUUAUGAACGCUCAUUUAGAUGGAAAAUUAGUCAAUUCCGGUAUCUCUGUCAAAACAAUGCAAUUCCUAGCCACAUUAAAAUAUCAGUAUCACGACAAACAUUAUUUGAUGAAUCAUACCAACAAAUCAUGCGGUUCCCUGCUUAUGAACUAAGGAAAAGAUUGUACAUUAUAUUCAGGGGAGAAGAAGGCCUCGACUAUGGUGGAGUUUCAAGAGAGUGGUUCUUCAUGCUCUCUCAUGAAGUUUUAAAUCCUAUGUACUGUUUGUUUGAAUAUGCCAACAAAAGUAAUUAUUCAUUGCAAAUCAAUCCUGCAUCUUAUGUAAAUCCUGACCAUCUUCUUUAUUUUAAAUUCAUUGGAAGAUUCAUUGCUAUGGCUUUGUACCAUGGUCGUUUCAUAUACUCUGGGUUCACUAUGCCUUUCUAUAAGCGCAUGUUAAAUAAACAACUGACCAUGAAGGAUAUUGAAUCUAUUGACCCAGAGUUCUAUAAUUCCUUGGUUUGGAUAAGAGACAAUAACAUUGAUGAAUGUGGGCUGGAAUUAUAUUUCAGUGUUGAUUUUGAAGUUUUGGGACAAGUAAUGCAUCAUGAACUGAAAGAGAAUGGGGACAAGGUUCGAGUGUGUGAAGAGAACAAAGAGGAAUAUGUGAAGUUGAUGACUGAAUGGAGGAUGACUCGUGGAAUAGAGGAUCAGACCAAUUAUUUCCUUCAGGGUUUUGAUGAAGUAGUGCCCCUGGUUUGGCUGAAGUAUUUUGAUGAAAGAGAACUGGAAUUAAUGUUGUGUGGCAUGCAAGAAGUUGAUGUAGAUGACUGGCAAAGAAAUACUAUAUACAGACAUUACACCAGAUCAUCAAAGCAAGUUGUGUGGUUUUGGCAGUUUGUGCGUCAGACUGACAAUGAAAAGCGAGCUCGUCUUCUUCAAUUUGUGACAGGGACAUGUAGAGUACCUGUCGGAGGCUUCGCAGAGUUAAUGGGGAGCAAUGGACCUCAAAGGUUUUGUAUCGAAAAGGUGGGCAAGGACACGUGGCUACCUCGCUCUCAUACUUGCUUCAACCGAUUAGACUUGCCUCCUUACAAAAGUUACGAACAGCUGGUUGAAAAGCUCAUUUAUGCUAUUGAAGAAACUGAAGGAUUUGGCCAAGAAUAAAAUAUUUAUGAAAUUUACACCGCUUUUCCUGGCUGGUGCAAGUGAUGAUGAUGAUUUGAAACCAUUGCUUACUUUCCUAUGAAGGCUUGCUCUCAAAUUUUUGAUCUUCUAAACUCAAGAACAGUGUUUGUUUUUUUGGCAGAAGUAGCUUUUACUUCUUUUGCCAUGGAAGUGUUCGAAUAUCAUUUGUUAUAAAGAAAGUAUUUUGUUGUUUAAUUAAUACUUGAUGAAUUAUUUUAUAUAUGAGGUUAUGGCUUUUGUAAGUUUCCAUAAUUAAGAGGUGAUUAGUAUUUAAAAUGUUGAACUGCUUACUGGAUUAUUAUUUUAAAUUCUUGAAGAAUUGAUGCCUUUUUAAGGUGAAUGAUAAUUGUCUUUUCAAGAUGUUAAUGGAAAAGUAAUUGGGACAUGGUUGUAUGGAGUGGGAUGAAGGAACAUAGAUGUGAUAAUGUUUUAUUCUCAUGCAUUUGAGUGCUUAAACUAUAUGGAGAAAAAUUCCACUUAGUCUCCAAACAUACAGACCUGAAUCCAGUGGCUUAUAGUUCCUUUUUCUGCUUGAGAAAAGCUGGACUUUUUCAUAUUUUCCUCUUUGCUAUUAUGUAUUAGAGAUGAAGUGUAUUUGGUACUAGUGAAGGGUUUCCUUAAAGUACACUGAAUCUGCACUCAUUCAAUUCUAUCCUGGGGUAAAAUUGGAUUUAAAUUUAUGUCCUUUUUUUCAUGAUGCCUUGUUUUUGGUUUCUUUGGCACAUUCUUCAGCUUUCUACCUAUCAUUGUAUGUAAUUGUGCAGAUCAUGCAUUUUUUUAGGGUACUUUCCUUUAUUUUGGUGCCUGUUACAGUACGGAGUGGGACAGUGUUGGCCAAAAGUUUUAUACUCUUCUUGGAUUGGCCAGCAUUGUCUAUCCAAGCGAAUCAGAGGUAUGACGAUACUGUGCUAACUUAGUAUUAAUUGCAUACUGAUAGUAUGAAAUGCACAUUGUCUUUUAAGAUCUAGAGGUGAACAUUAUGUGAUGCAGUGGGUCACAUUCUUUUCAGCUGAAGAGGGACAAAACGUUUGUGAUGACUGAUAUAUGUAGAUAGAAUAUUAUUACUUAUGAUGAAGUGAGAGCCAUAUGCUGUGAUAGUACUGCCGGCUCUGGGCGUGACAUUUGUGGCAUGUCAUACAUGUGGGGUUGUUCUUUCAUGUUUUACCAAUAUCAUUUUUUUAGAGCAGUUGUUAAGGUACACGGUACCAAUGAGAGAAUGGUUUGUAAAUCAUAGUUUCUUUAUUUUAAAGUUUUCCUUUUUAAUUUAAAAAUUUAUAGUUUGCACCAGGCCAUAGAAUUGCCUUGUUUUCCCUAAUCUACUUUACCUCAUCUCAAAAGGUGCCACAAAUUUUGGAUGUGUUUCAGAUGGCUUGUGGAUCUGCGAAUAUAGGUAUUUGCUUUUUCCGAAUUUGCACACGAAAUUUCCAUGGGGAACAUGUAUUAGGUGAUUUAACUAAUAGGUGAUUUAUGGGGCUGAUGUUUCCAUCCGUUUUAGAUAAUCAUAAUCAUGUACUAAUAAUUUCAGCCAACACUCAUUUGCAAUACAUGUUUAAAAAUAUAAAAACUAUAUAAUGUAUUUAGUAAAUGUUGUAGUGUAUCUUUUUGUUACAUAAUUUUGGCAGGUUACUCUUUAGAUCAGUCACUGCCAGAUCCAAAAGAGGACAAAAGAUCCUUCAAGGUAGUUUGAAAAGUACUUUUCAUCAAAGCUUGGACUUUCAGUCACAUGGCAAUAAGUAUCACUAUAUCCUUUAGCUGCUCCUUGUUUUAUAGAAUUAUAGAAACAUCUGAGUGUGGAGCAAUGUAAAGUUUCACUUACUGUGUGUUCAAGUUUUGUGUGGUUUGUGAUACAUACUUUAUGAAACUGCUUGAAGCUACAGCAUCAAUGCUUUGAAUAUGUUCACUAGUGUCUAGCACCCAUAGAGCAUACAACAGGUACUUUAGGGUACCUUUAAGGUUUUUGAGUGAACAAUUUUAAGGCUGUCACUCAUUUGAAGUCAUAAAUAAUUGUGUUUGUGAAAGAGUUUUGUAAGUGUUUUGUAGCAAAUUGUGUUGUGAGGUUUUCUCAAGCUCUAAAACAAAUGUGAUUCAACUAUAUAGAGUCUGGUCGACUUCGAGAUGGUAACACAUAUGUGAAUUUAUGUGAUUGUUAUGUUUAGUGUGUAUGUAUGUAUACAUAUGUAUAUUACUAGAUUAGCUGUACAGAAUUAUCAGGAGACACAUACAAAUGUUACAUUUUGUUUGCCAGCCAUUAAGUGGCAAUGUAGGUAGCGCUGAUGUGAAGAUGGUUAACCAGUUAAGAUCAAUAUGUUUGUGAUUGAUGGCAAUCUUUUUAUGAUGUAAGUGAUACAUAGGAUUAUGGGUCAUUCUAGGAUCCAGUGACUUUCUGUCUUAUAAAAUUCACACUCUCAGUACAGAAUUAUCCUAGAAUGUUAAGUACUACCUAGAAGUUCCAAAGUUCAACCCGUCUUCAAACACAUCAGUGAAAUUUUGAUGUAAUUACAACGAAUUGCCCAAAGAUACUGUAUAUAGUUCCAUUACCCCUUUCCCAAGUUAUGAGAGAAACUCUUUGUAAAUAGUCUUUUUUUUCCUGACAGUCAUCAGACCAUUGUAGCAAGGCCUUUUUAAAAAUGAAGUCAAGUCUUUAUUGUAUCAUUUUCUUUGAAUGCGCUUUUCCAGUUGUUAUAAUUUGCAUUGUACAAUAUUUAUAUUUUUAACACUAUAUAUAUUAUAAGUCGUGAGAUUCAGUUUAUAAUUGUUGCUUUCAUCUUUGUUGCUUUCAUGACACAGUUUUAAAUAUUUUUGAAUCACUGUUUUGUUUUACUGCAUAGCAUACUUGUAAGUCAAGUGGAGGCAUUCAGUAUCGUGGGCAUAUUUAUGUUUGGCUGUGGCUAAGUGGUAGGUAGUCAUGACCCAUUUCAAAUGAUUCGGUUACCCUGUAAGGACAAUUAUUUGCUAUAGCUGCUGGAACUUUUGCCAUUACAUUUCUGAUUGCCUACUUAGCAUUGUUACUUUGGAUAAGUCAGUUUCAGUGUUAUGCCCUCUAUUUGUCUUUUUUUGUUGUUCUUUUUUUUUUUUUACAAAAUGACUAGUAUGAAAGGUUUCUAGUUGAAAUACUGUACAAAAUUUGGAAAGUUUUACUGUUUUGAUACAUUCAGCUCAAAAAGACUAUUAUUCCAUCAUUGUAAUGUUUAAUUUACAAAAUAUUCAUCCGAUAUCUAGUCUCUUAUCACUUUCACUAAUCAGCAAAACAUUUAAUCUAGAUAAGUGAAAUCUUUGUGGGCCGCAACAUACUUCUAAAUGCAACAAGGAUUUUUUUGUUGCAAUGAACUUUGUUUUACAUGUCUCCUCUAUUAUAAAUCAUAGCAGUGCAGUAUUUUUUUUUCAUUUUUGUUUUUAAACGAGUGUCAAAACUCUUGCUCAUUACUUGAUACUUUCAAGAUCAAAAUUUGUGAAUUGUAUGAAAAGGGGCCACAGGCAUGUAUCAGAAUGUUAUGUAACUCAUGUAGUUAUAAUCAGACUAUGUAAUAUGCAUAAGGUAAGGAUAAAUGUAUCAGUUGUAAAAAAAUAAAGUCAAAAGAAAA